AUGGGGGAACUCCUGGAGCCGACCGCACUCAACCUCCCCUCCAAUCUCUCCGAGGCCACUACCCGGCUGGCCCAGAACUUGACCCAUUUCCGCUCCAACUACACCUUGCUCCUCUUGACCGAGCUCUUCCUCAGCCUCCUAUACCACCCGGUCUCCAUCAUCGUCUUCUUGAUCAUCUUCCUCUACUUCUCACGUGACCAGCCCCUAGAAGUCUUUGGCUUUACUGUGGGAGACCGUGUUGUGAUGGUUGUUCUUGGGGUGGUUACGGUGUUGGCUCUCGUCUUUACCCAAGUGUGGCUCAACGUCGUCGUUUCAGUGGUGAUUGGGGUCGCUUUGGUUUCCUUGCACGCGGUGUUUAGGGGCACUAAGGAACUUGUUCUGGAUGACCAAGAAUCGCCUUAUGGGGCUCUGCUCUCGGAUGAUCAUGAUUCAUGA